AUGAAGCUACCCAGAGCUUGCUUUCUUCUGGUCUCGGUGCUCCUGGCUCCAGCCAAAGCCUCGCCAUGGUUCGGUACUAAGUAUAUUGCUGUUGUCGAGACUGUCGCAGUAGAAGGCUAUACAGGGAAAUAUCUCACAGAGGACCCUAUCAUGCGCACGAAGACGGUCGAAAUCUCCCCGACAGUCACAAACCCAUCUGUGAUCUCCUCAUACACUGAGACUGAAGGCUACAGUAGCGAGGUCACGGCUCUCAAUUUGGUCGUGGAGUCAACAGCUGGCGUCCCUGUUACAGCCAAUCACUACGUGGAUUACUAUGUCAGCGUCACAUACACGGCUCCAUCAUCAUGCAGUUAUACAACAAAGCAAUCGCUGACCACAACCAUCCCUGUGUAUGUGCCAUAUGACGCCAAUGGCAUUGUGGACCCAAUCUGGAUAAAAACGACAACGGAGCACUAUUCCUACAUCACGGGGGCCUACACAGAGGUAAAUGGGCUAUUGGAUCCUACAGCUAUUCCGGCGAGCAUAUUUUCCUCUGCAAGCUCGCAAUACAUGCCGGCAUAUUACACGUCCUGCUACAGCUAUUAUGCCGACUCUGAUUCCAAUUCGGGAGACUCGGACAGCACUGGAUAUGGCAGCGGCGGAGACUCCUCUUAUUAUAAUUGCAAGGAGUUCACCUGGAACGCUGGGAAUUCUGUUAUUGGGGGCGGCUAUUGUUGCUUUGACGGGUGUCACUACACCUGGGGGAUUACACCGUGGGCUAUUGCCUUGGCCGUUAUCUUCAGCUGGUUCGGCCUAUGCACCAUCAUCGGUUUCGUCGAGAGCUGGUUCAUCUACAGGCGCGCUAUGCUCGGUGGGAAAGUUCGCCGCGGUUUCCCAUACGCAUUCGCCUGUUCAUUUCCAAUCCUCUCCUGUCUAUCCCUGCUCUCGGUGAAGAGAUACCCAGCCAAAACCCCCGAUCAACAAGCUUUCCUAGCAGCCCGCUGGACAGAGAUGUCAUCCGGAACGAAGUUCAGCUCUUGGUUGAAUAGCUUCUUUAAGAGACGCGACCCAACCGCUGAGACCCUCGGUAUUACCGCCCCAAUGACAGCUCAUAUAUCAUAUCUGCCUCCGGAUCAGACCCAAGUGUAUUCCCCAGCUGGUGGACCAGAUGGGAACGGCAUUCCACCUAUGAGUACUCCGUCUCCUCACCAAGGGCAGGCGUCAACGGAUACGCCGAGAGGCGAGGAGCUGGAUGCUGAGCCCAAGACUAUCGCUGUUAAUGAAGCUGAGCGAAAUGAAAGGGCACAGUAG